AUGGAAAUCUCUGUCAUCUCCGAUGCAUUAACGUCAGUGGCCUCAACCCAAGGUUUAAGCUUAGGGGUUUCAAAGCUCAACUUCUGUUCAAAUCAGUCUUCUGAACAAUCCGCCGGAAUUCUUCAAAUCUCCGCCAUGAUUUUUCCUCUCGAUGCUGUUGCACCACCGCCGGUGAAGUCGAAUCGGACAAGAACUUUACCGCGUAGACUGAUCAAGAAAAGGCGUCGUACCAGAAGAAGAUCUUCAACCGGUGAUGAUGAUAAUGAUGAUCCGGAAGAAGUUUUCGGGUUUUUUGGCGGCGACGGAGGAGUUUUUGAUGGGCCGUUUAAUAAUGGUGGCGGCGGCGGCGGUAGUUGGAAUUUUGGUGGGUUUGGAGGGGCAAAUUGGGAAGGGUACUCAUCCAACUCGUAUAAUGAUCCAGCGUUCGAUUUUGUUUACGAGGUGUUGUCGUGGAUUGUUUUAUCGAAUUGUUUGCAUUUUGCGUUUAAGAAGGUUGUGAGGAUUGUGGCUGAUGUAUUUGGUGAUCCUGCUAGGGAGAAGGUCCCGAUGAGAUUGGAACCUGUUUGCUGA